AUGCCCGAAGCCAUCUACGCUUUGGACACCGCUGAAAAUGAAGAAUAUGCCACGACCAAGUACCGAUACACGUACAGCUCCUUGACGACUCCCAAGCAAACGGUGGAGUAUGACCUUUUAUCGAACAAGACGGUGAUUCUGAAGGAAACGCCAGUGCCACACUACGAUCGAUCGUUGUACCAUAGCGAACGGGUGAAGGCUACGGCAAGCGACGGCACAACCAUUCCCAUUAGUGUGGUCUACCGAAAGGAUAAGAAGAAAGCGGAGGGCCAGCCACAAGCGCUGCAUUUGUAUGGGUAUGGGGCGUACGAAACGUCGAUUGAACCAAACUUUCAAGCCACGAUUUUGCCCUUGUUGGAUCAUGUCCAAGUGUCGUGGUAUGUGACGGCGUUGCUACAAAUCUGA